CCCCCCAAAAAGUACUGUAUUCUCAGGGCUUUUAUGUGAGGCGCGCACACUUCUUCUUGCUUCGUUCCUGUCCUUCAAUUGCAACAAUUGCAAGUCAUCCGUCCUUGAUUGCUCUCCUGCAGACGAAACGCAACGGCGCAGAGCUGGAGUCGUAGUCUUGUGAGCUGGGAAUAGAUUAAGACUAGACAUUGCAUAUUUCGUCUCUUGUUGCGAAUACACCCACCCUUGAUUACCGUGCAUCAUCCUGCUAUCCACAAUGAGCCAGCCAGCGGCCUCGAACGACAUCGGCGUCGACGAAAUUUCCCCCCAGAAGGAUGCCAGUGGUACGCGCGGAGUGGGUGUCGGUCCGCAGAUCCUCAGCACGGCAAACGAGUCCGAGGUCAUUGUUGGCCCCCUCCUCAACUACAGGCGCAUGAGCAAUGAGAAGACCGGGGAGCCCGUCUGGCAUGGCAGCGUCCUCGUGGUGGCCACCCCAGGCCAAAGCUCGCCGGAACUGACAUUGUCGCCCGCUGGCGCCGUCAACCCCGCCGAAGAGAACACCAUCUUCACUGGCCCCGCGAGUAGGACUUUCGGCGCCGACAAGCUGUACGAAGACCCGGAUAAGGCGUUCUGGCGCUUCCUCAUUGAACUGCCUUUCCAGCAGUUCGAAUCGAAGUGGGAAUACAAGGUUAAGGGACUGGCAUAUGUGGACGAGAAGAACACAGUGAAACCACAGGUCUUUGCUGUGCCUUCAAUUGCGCAGUCAAUGCGCAUUCUCUUCCACUCCUGCAAUGGCUUCAGUGUAGGCACCGACAUCAACGCCUGGAAUGGCCCCGCGCUGUGGAACGAUGUCUUGCGUAUGCACGGCCAGAGGCCCUUCCAUGUCAUGAUUGGUGGGGGUGACCAAAUCUACAACGACGGGGUGCGCGUGGACGGCCCGUUGCGACCCUGGACGGAUAUUGGGAAUCCACAUAAACGCCGGGAGUUUCCGUUUGGUGAAAAGAUGCGCGCUGAGUGUGAUGAGUACUACUUCAAGAACUACGUGAGGUGGUAUGGGCAGAAGCCCUUUUCCAAUGCAAACGGCCAGAUUCCGCAACUCAAUAUCUGGGACGAUCACGACAUUAUUGAUGGGUUUGGCUCGUAUACCGAUCAUUUCAUGAAAUGCUCCGUCUUUCGAGGCAUUGGAGGUGUUGCACACAAGUACUACCUCCUCUUCCAGCACCAUAUGGCUCCACCGAAAAGCACAUUCACCACUGAUGCGCCUAAGACUACUGAGGUUGGUUCAGAGGGUACUCCGGUCGACCCAGUUCAGCUCAAGGAUACCUUUGUUAUGACCAAUGAUCUAGACGACCCAUCCUUCAUCAUCGGUUCGAAGCCUGGGCCGUACGUUGAAGAGCGCAGCCGGAACAUCUACUGCCGGCUAGGUGCCCGCAUUGCUUUCUGCGGCAUCGAUGCGCGUACCGAACGCACGCGCCAUCAGAUCAACUAUCCCGAAACCUAUAAGCUGAUCUUCGAUCGUUUGGCGCAGGAAUUCGAGGCAAACAAAGAAUUAAAGCACCUGAUCCUCCUUCUCGGCGUCCCAAUCGCAUAUCCGCGUCUACAGUGGCUCGAAAACAUCUUCUCCUCUCCGCUCAUUGCCCCUAUCAAAUUCCUCAACAAGCGCUUCGGCUUUGGCGGCAGCAUCUUCAACAAAUUCGACGGUAAUGUCGAUCUCCUCGACGAUCUUGACGACCACUACACCGCGCACCAACACAAGCACGAGCGCCGCGACCUAAUCCACAUGCUGCAAAACCUCGCCAAGAAGCACUCAGUCCGCGUUACCAUCCUCGGCGGCGACGUGCAUCUCGCGGCAAUCGGCCGCUUCUACUCUAAGCCCAAACUUGGCAUCCCCGCUGAACGCGACUUCCGCUACAUGCCAAAUGUGAUUAGUUCGGCGAUUACGAAUAAACCGCCACCGCAAGCUGUGGCUAACUUGUUAGCCAAGAGGAAUAAGAUUCAUCAUCUGGAUCAUGACACUGAUGAGACGCUUUUGGAGAUUUUCGACCGCGAUCCUGGGCAUGGUGGGAAAGUGAAUGGGGCUUCUGCUAAUGGGUCUGAGGCAAGUGGGGCGGAAAUUGCGAAUGGGAAGGGAAAAAUUGAGAAGAAGACCAGUGAUGCAAAUCAUGCCACUAUGCCAUCGAGAAAUUACGCUAUUAUUUGUGAAUCUAAUCCUAGUCCUACGGCAACUACUUCCGCGCCUGCGCCGUCUGCUUCUGCAUCUGCCACGCCGGCACCAGCCCCAGCGGCGACUACGACGAAUGGCGAUACAAACCCGGAUGUCAUCGAACAGGAUCAAACUCAAACUUCUUCGCCGCCAGACCCCAAAUAUAAUGCCAGGAAGCCAAUUCAUAUCGGCGAACAAGGCGCUGGUACGGGCCAUCCCGCUGCAAACGGACUUACGGAAACAAAGCUUUGUGGACCGUUUGGUCUAGAUGUGACACUGAGGGUGGAGAUUAGUCCGAGUGAUAAGGAGGGUCAUACAGAUGGGUAUGGGUUUAGUGUUCCGGCGCUGGACGCGGGGGCUUAUGCGGAUCAUGGGGAAAAGUGGUAGGAGGGGAGAGGACUGCUGGAG